CUGCUGCUACUGGUCGAGGUCUGUGGUGGGGGGCGAUCCUAUUGUAUUUGGAACUCAAAAGCUUGAACGCGCAUAUUCCAACAGCACAGUAUUUGUUCAAGGUCCCCUAAAACCAGAGAGAACAGGAGUGGACGUACUUUAAUGCAGAUCUAACAUUUCCGCGGGACAGCUCUGAGAUUCACCAACACCAUUAAUAUCCCACUAAUUUAGCAGAUUUACACCUGUCUUCUUAUCGCCAAGACCCGUGACAGUCUGGAACCAUCGAGAUGAUUGUUUAGAAUACUUUGAGAGCAUAUGAAAACAGCCGACCAGAACAUUUGCUAGACGACUCGCUCCGGGACAACUCUUCCGUGUGUGUUGGUGCUUGAGACGGAGAAGCACCUGCUCUAGCCUGCGGGAAGUUGAUUAUGUGUAGGCGCUUUCUGACCUCUACUGCGUCAGUUUUUGUGCAUUUCGCUGCUGAGAGGAUAGCCGUGUCCCGAGGAGGAUGCCGAACAGGCUGAAGACGCAGUCCUGAAGAUUGAUGGAGGGCCAUGCUAUUCAAACAGCAGGCGUUGCUGAGACAGAAGCUCUUCUUGUUGGGCAGCCUUGCUAUUGGGAGUCUCCUCUAUCUAGUGGCCAGGGUUGGGAGCUUGGAUAGGCUGCAGCCUAUUUGCCCCAUAGAGAGCAGACUGGGCCCUCCUCACCUGCCGGAGCAGUUCCCUCUCCGGACCCUGCAGUAUAAGCGUGGUCUGCUCCACGAGAUCCGCAAGGGCAAUGCCACCAAAGAGCAGAUCCGCCUGCACAACCUGGUGCAGCAACUGCCCCGGGCCAUCAUCAUCGGAGUGCGCAAGGGCGGCACGCGCGCCCUGCUGGAGAUGCUCAACCUGCACCCAGCUGUGGUCAAGGCCUCGCAGGAGAUCCACUUCUUUGACAACGAACAGAACUACGCCCGGGGCAUCGACUGGUACCGGGAGAAGAUGCCCUUCUCCUUCCUCCACCAGAUCACCAUUGAGAAGAGCCCCGCCUACUUCAUCACAGAGGAGGUCCCCGAACGCAUCUUCAAGAUGAACUCCUCCAUCAAGCUGUUGAUUAUUGUGCGUGAGCCCACCACCAGAGCUGUGUCCGACUACACACAGGUGCUGGAGGGCAAGGAGCGUAAGAACAAGACCUACCACAAGUUUGAGAAGCUGGCCAUCGACGGCAACACGUGUGAUGUGAACACAAAGUAUAAGGCGGUACGGACCAGCAUUUACACCAAGCACUUGGAGCGCUGGCUGAAGUUCUUCCCCGUGGAACAUUUUCACAUUGUGGACGGCGACCGUCUGAUCACAGACCCGCUGCCUGAGCUGCAGCUCGUCGAGCGCUUCCUCAACCUCCCCUCCAGGAUCAGCCGGUAUAACCUGUAUUUCAAUGCCACCAGGGGAUUCUACUGCCUGCGAUUUAACAAUGUCUUCAACAAGUGCCUGGCAGGCAGCAAGGGGCGCAUCCACCCUGAGGUGGACCCCUCAGUGGUGGCCAAACUGAGGAAGUUCUUCCACCCCUUCAAUCAGAAGUUUUAUCAGAUUACUGGGAGGACGUUCAACUGGCCCUGAGAAACUAAGGGAAGGUCUAGGCCUAGCCUAUUUGAACUUCUUAACUGAAGUUGUUCUGUUGGCAUUUUCAAGAUGUCAACCACAACAAUAUUAAAGGAUAUUAAAAGCACUUUGAUUGAAUUUAAUACGUCGAGGAGAGUGGGGUAAGUCGAGCCGAAGGAUUAGUUGAGCUACUCCUUGUUUCUAGGAAACCAUAUACAAAAUGUACCAUGUGACCAAAUAUUAAGGAAGAGGUCGUCAUUUCAUGGAGUCUAUGAAGAAAAAAACACAUGGACAAAGUGGUAAGCAAGUUAGGGCAAAUGAAUGUAUUGUGUUAUAGGUUUCAUGCGGCUUGUAUCUAAACCAAGGUGGAUUGUUUUGUAUAUCAGUUGGGGUCUCUAUAAGCUACAAUAUGAGGUCCUAAACCUAGCAUGAAAGUGCAUCCUUGUACCUGUGUGGGCUAAUAUAGUAUAAAUGUUUGCCUUGGGGUAAGUUGAGCCAAUGGCCACCAUACCCCAUACAGAUUAUGAUUACAUUUAGUCAGGUUUAUGCAUAAUAUGCAUAGUAUUUUUGCAAUGUGUCAUGCAUAUGAACUCAAUAUACUGCAUUUGUAUUGUUAUAGAGCAGACCUAAUCAUUCUCUGUGUAUACAAAUGUAAAACAUGCAGGGAUCUAGCCCCCCUUUAGGUUCUUGAGAGAGCAGCCAAGGAAGUGAGAGAAGGGAAAAAGAGAGGCUGUGAUAGAGUAGCAGAGUCACACAAGGUCUUAUCUGAUGACAUGGAGUCUGAGCUAAACAUAUCCAGAAUAUCGCAGACCAGCUUCAUGGGCUUAGUAGCCUCAAAUGCAGUGAACUUGCCUACGAAUUGGCACAUCGAAACAAUAUCACUGUCCCAGACAACUUGUCAAGAAAUGCAAGGUUAAGUCAUAUUUAACAGAUCCAUCUAUAUCUGAAUAUAGGCAUACAUUUGAAAUUUACAGUACAAUAUACCUCACCCCCAUUCCAUGAAUUAAACUUUGACCAACCAGCACCAUUACCCAUUGUCACAGGGCACCUACACCGAUUUACCCCAAGGUGGCUCAACUUUUUCCCUAUGCUCAAUUUACUCUGGGAUAAGUUGUGCAAAGAGACCAAUUUUGUUUUUGACAAACUAUGUUUUUAAAACUGUUAUGUUUACAUGAAUUAUGAUUAUUUCCAGGGAUACACAACAUCCUGAAAUAUAUGUAGAUAUCUUUGUUAAAAAGAAUACUAUAUUGCCGUAGUGAGGCUGAAUGUAAAAAUGGCUCAACAUACCCCACUCUCCCCUGUGAGAAUGACAAUGUGACCAAAAUCUGUAAUGGAAUCAAUGUAUGUUUGUUUCUUAAUAUGUAAGGGGGCAUAAGAGGAUAAAGGGUUUGUGAGUUGUGUGAUUACAAAACAAUUCAGUUUAAUGCACCUGAUCUUUCUUCAUAAUAAUUCACCUGUCUGACACUUGUGCCCGUUAUAAACUCUGCAUUUUGCCAUCAUCUCAGCCAAUAUUGAAUGAAGGGUAUACUACAAUGAGCGAUAAACAUGAGAUUAUGUUAAGUGAACAUGUGGAUUUUAAAAGACGAAUUGUCAGUCAACAACACAUACAUUUAACAUAUUUAAAGGCUAUAUCAUGAAGCUAUAUAUGUGGCAAUGUUUCAUAUGAAAACAACCUUGACAAAUACGUAGGCUUACAUGUUCUUGCAGUUCUGAGUGUGAUAAUCUUGCAUUUAUUACAGUUCUCUCAUUUUGGUUUUGCUUUUCUCCUGCAUGUGUAUUGAACAUACAAUUGACAAAGCAUGGGCUCUCUAACGUAGUUUUGUGUUAUUUCAUUUAUUCCAGUAUCAUUCUUUAAACAUGUGCUACUUUUAUUUGUUUCUAUGUUGUUUUUAGGUAGUUUAAUUUUUCUCAAACUACCAUGACGUACUUGUAUCCGUAAUAUAACCCAUAAAUCUGUAGAAGGGUAGGAGAUUCUCAUGAGGGAAUGGGAACAUAGAUUUCUCAUAAAAUUCUGACUCCGAUGAUGUCCUCAUACAUCAAGCAUUUAAAUGUUGAAUAAGAGAUUUAAGUGGUAACUUUGUUCUCGUUCUUUUUCUCCAGUAUUAAUAACAUGUUUGUCAUUCCCCUUGGUGAAAAGCCACAGUAAAAAAAGUAAUUUGUUAGUUACUGUCAAACCAUCUAAUGCUUAUUCUACUACAAUUAACAUAUUUGUCUUAUGUGCAAAUAGCCAUCCUGUAUCAUAAGUGUGUUGUUCUGUAACAAAAAAUUAUUGAAUUAAAAUGACAUUUAAACACGUG